AAACCGAUUUGGUUUCCGAUUUCGGACAGACUUUUAUCUCUCAUCCUCACUCUCAAUUUCUCUUGAUCACGAUUUGCGAUUUUACUCGCCAUGGAAGCCUGCUCAAGAACGCCGAUUCGAAGUUCUCUCGUUCUUCUAAUUAUCUCCAUUUUGCAGGUUACGUUCCUUGUGACUCCAGUUAGUGCAUAUAUGCUAGAUACACCAUUGAGUCGAAGGGAACUCAAAGAUUACCAGCCGCUACAUGACUCUGUGCAAUACAGUGAUAGAAAGGAAGAAGAUUACAAAAGAAAAAGUUCUGCUGAUCAAGUUGACAAUAACCCUGGGGAAGAGGACAUCGAAAUAAUUGCGACAUACAGUGAUGCUUUUGGUGCUAUUCGAACUAGUGCUGUCAAAUCCAAGGAUUUAUCAGCUUCAUGGGUCUGGGAGAACCCUGAUGAAAAAAUUCACAAUGAGCUGAAAAUUAGCCAGGCAAGUGAAGAUUCGUUCGAACAUGAGAUGAGUGCGUCGGAAGGCGUCACUGAACGUCAAUAUGGGAGAGGAAGCAUCCAGUAUCAACCAGAGUCUCCAAUCAACCCUGUUAAGCUCAAACGCCAGAAAAUGCGACAGGAAAGACUAAAACUCCGAACUGCAGAACUAAUCAACCAGAAUAAAGAGGCAGAAAAACAGAUGCAAGUAGCAGCUAUUGAACGGUCAAAACAGCUCAAUACAACCGCGGUCCCAGAAAAGUACAGUAUAUGGAGAAAGGAAUAUGAAACUCCGCACUCUAACUCCAUGUUGAAACUUAUGCGGGAUCAAAACAUAAUGGCCAAAGCAUAUGCAACCAUUGCUCGGUCCAAGAAUGAUCUAGGUCUCUUUGAAUCCCUGAUGGAACACAUUAAAGAAAGCCAGCAUGCUAUUGGAGAAGCCAAUUCUGAUGCUGAGCUACACCCAGGUGCACUUGAUCGAGCUAAAGCAAUGGGUCGUGUUUUAUCUAUGGCAAAGAACCAAUUAUAUGACUCUGCUGUAGUAGCAAGGAAGUUAAGAGCCAUGCUGCAGUCUACCGAACGGAAUAUAAAUGAGCUAAAGAGGAAAAGUGCUUUCUUAAUCCAGCUUGCUGCAAAAACGGUUCCUAAGCCAUUGCAUUGUCUCCCAUUACAGCUCACAACUGACUAUUUCUUGCUGGAUCGUGGAAGUGAAGAAGUUGUAAACAAAGACAAGCUUGAAGAUUCCUCUCUCUACCAUUAUGCCAUUUUCUCUGACAAUGUACUUGCCACAUCUGUUGUAGUCAAUUCUACGGUGUUACAUGCAAAGGAACCAGAGAAGCAUGUGUUCCAUAUAGUCACUGAUAAACUGAACUUUGCUGCCAUGAAGAUGUGGUUCCUUGUCAAUUCUCCUGUAGAUGCAACAGUCCAAGUCGAGAACAUUGAUGAUUUUAAGUGGCUCAAUUCUUCUUACUGUUCGGUUCUACGCCAGCUUGAAUCUGCAAGAAUCAAAGAGUUUUAUUUCAAGGCUAAUCACCCAUCUUCCCUUUCUGCUGGUUCUGAUAAUCUCAAAUAUAGAAAUCCCAAAUAUUUGUCGAUGCUGAACCAUCUAAGGUUCUACCUUCCUGAAGUUUACCCAAAGUUAGACAAGAUCCUCUUUCUGGAUGAUGAUAUUGUAGUUCAGAAAGAUUUAACGCCUCUUUGGUCUAUUGACUUGCAAGGAAUGGUGAAUGGAGCAGUGGAGACUUGUAAAGAGAGCUUCCAUCGGUUUGAUAAGUAUCUCAACUUCUCUAACCCAAAGAUCUCUCAAAAUUUUGAUCCAAAUGCAUGUGGGUGGGCAUUUGGAAUGAAUAUCUUCAACUUGAAGGAGUGGAAAAAUCGAGAUAUCACUGGAAUUUAUCACCAUUGGCAAGACAUGAAUGAAGACCGGACUCUUUGGAAGCUAGGUUCACUGCCACCCGGAUUGAUUACAUUCUACAAUUUGACAUAUCCUCUGGAUCGGAGCUGGCACGUGUUGGGACUUGGGUAUGACCCAGCACUCAACCAAACAGAGAUAGAGAAUGCUGCUGUCAUCCACUACAAUGGGAAUUACAAGCCAUGGCUGGACCUGGCAGUAACCAAGUACAGGUCCUACUGGACCAGAUAUGUCCAAUUUAAUAACACUUACCUUCGACUAUGCAGCAUUAGUGAAUAACCAUUCUUUCUUACUUGUGUUUUGUAAUAUGUGCUCUUUCUAUAAUUAGGGAUGCCUGGGUAAGUUCAGGAAUAUCAUAUUCUUUUGAUUCCUUUCUGUGAAUUUGCUCAUCCAUCCAUGGUGAUGUCCAUAUUCUUGUUAUAAUACUCUUUGAGGAAGGGAUAAAGAUGGAGGAACCUAGGAGCGAUCCCUUCUGCCACUGUAUAGACUAUGGACCCCAAAGGCCCAAGAAAGAGGUUAUCCAUGAGACCAUGACAACCCUGUCUGGAUAGUUUGGGUUCUGGAAUCUGAUCCAAGGGAUUGGUCAUCUCUUUUUCUUCCUUGCAACU